AUGUCAGACGAAAAGAAAGCUGCCAUUGAAGCAGAAAAAGAGUCUCUGAACUUGAAGUUACCCCCCAUUGUCCGGCCCCCAGAAGACCUAGGUGUGGACACACCAUCACAAAGUAAGCUGCUCCACUAUAGACGAUAUAAGGAACAGCAGAAGAAAAUGAAUCAGUUUGUAAUUGAUGGAGCCAAAAAAAGUUUAGACAAAACACUGUGUAAAAGAAUACCUUCACUACCAGAGCCAGAUUAUCCUACUACUAUGGCCAGUGAAAUUAAAAAAAAAGGAUUAAACUAUAUGUAUUUGAAGCGAUGUGUAGAAAGUAGUCCUAUAGUACCUAUUCAGCAGAAAUGGCUGGAUAACAUGUUAAUGCUGAUACCUGAGUCUUUAAAGGAAGGGAAAGACCGACAAGAACUUGUCGAAAGUCUCAUAAGUGAGGUUUCAAGUGACUUUGAAAACAGCAUGAAGCGAUAUUUGGUACGCAGUGUUCUUGUGAAACCUUCAGUUAAAUGGCUUGAAGAUGAAGCAGGUCCUUUGCCUGAAUCCCCUAUAGGCCUGGAUUAUUCUAAUCCAUGGCGUUCUAACUACGUACAAGCUAGAAAUCAAAUGUUAUCUAAUUUGCAUAUUGUUCACCCAACCAUGAAAAUAUUACUGGAACUUGGUUAUUCAAUGUUUGCCAAUACAGUUUUGCUGGAUUUAACAGGAAUUAGAGCUAAAGGUCCAAUUGAUUGUGAAUCAAUGAAAAAUGAUCUAUCAAUACAAACUAAAAAGGCAGAAGAGAAGAUAAUGAAUACAUGGUAUCCUAAGGUUAUAAGUCUUUUUACUAAAAAGGAGGCAUUAGAAGGCAUUCACCCUGACAAAGUGGAUGCUUUUUAUAGCUGUGUUUCCACACUUAUGUCAAAUCAGUUAAAGGAUCUCUUAAGGAGAACCGUAGAAGGAUUUGUAAAACUCUUUGACCCAAAAGACCAAAAAGGAUUGCCAAUAUUUAAGAUGGAAUUGACUUUUGAUGAUGAGAAAAUGGAAUUUUAUCCUACCUUUCAAGAUUUGGAAGAUGUUAUUUUGGGUUUAGUAGAACGAAUAGCAGAAGCUCUGCAGAAUAUCCAGACGGUACCUUCUUGGCUAGCAGGAGCUUCAACUCCUGCAACACUUGACACAGAACUUCCUGAACACGUGAUACAUUGGGCUGUUGAUAAGCUGAAGGUGGCAGUGCGUCAGAACUUAGAAGGUCCAAGACAACAUUAUGAGUCAUAUGUUCAAAAAUAUAAUUGGCUCCUUGAUGGGAUCGCUAAUGAAAUGGUAGAAGCUUUUCAGGCAGAAGAUCAUACUUUUGAUGAAUACACACAGUUUAUAGGAACAUUUUUAAAUCUUGCCUCAGAAAUGAUGCUUUUGCCACAGUGGGUUCAUUUUCCUAUGGUGCGUUUGGAUUGUGAUGAUUUAAAGACAGGUCUGAUAAAUAAAGCAAAAGCCUUUGCCAACAUACUGUUAAAUGAUAUAGCUUCAAAACAUAGAAAAGAAAACGAAAGUAUUUGCAGUGAAUUUGAAGCAAUCAGAGAGCAUGCAUUGAAAGUCCCUGAUACAACAGAAGAGAUGAUGGAAAUGAUAACUUUUGUAGAAAAUGCCCGAACGUGUGGAAUUCAAGAGUUGAUUUUACGGAUUAAGGAAUCCGAACGCCGAAUGAGUUACUUUUUAGAUGUUUUUCUAUUUCCUCCAGAAGACUUGGCUUUAAAUGCAGCUGUCCUACUGUGGCCUGGAAAAAUUAAUCCUAUUUUUGAUGAAAAUGAUGAGCUCAUUGAGUCUGCUAAACAUAAAAAAGAGAAUGAACUAAUAGCCAAGAGAGAGAAACUGAUUUUGGAAUUAGAAAAAGAAUCACGCCGCAUGGAAGAAUUUACCGAAUUUGCAGAGCUGGAACGCAUGCACCAGUAUGUGGCAGAUGUUAGGCAACUGCAAAAACGUAUUCAGGAAUCUGAGGAAGCAGUUCAGUUUAUUAAUAAAGAAGAGGAGCUUUUCAAGUGGGAGUUGACAAAAUAUCCUGAACUGGAUAAACUGAAAGUUAACAUUGAGCCUUAUCAGAAGUUUUUUAGUUUUGUUUUGAAGUGGCAACGAACAGAAAAACGGUGGAUGGAUGGAGGUUUUUUGGACCUCAAUGGGGAAAGCAUGGAAGCUGAUGUAGAUGAGUUUUCCCGAGAAAUUUUUAAGACACUGAAAUUUUUCCAAACAAAACAAAAGAAGGAAUUGCAAGAAAGAAAAAAGGCAGCAAAAAGACGAUCUUUGGUAGAAGAGAAAACUGAAGAAGAACCCAAAGACAAUCCUACUAUUACUAUGUGCUCUGCAGUAAUGGAACAAAUAAAAACCUUUAAGGCCUGGGAGGAUCGUUUGAUUCGCAUACAAGAUACAAUUGAUGAAUGGUUGAAAGUGCAAGCUCAGUGGCUGUACUUAGAGCCCAUCUUUUGUUCCGAGGACAUUAUGCAACAGAUGCCAGAGGAAGGGCGUCAGUUUCAGACAGUAGAUAGACACUGGAGGGAUAUCAUGAAGUUUUGUGCGAAAGAUCCAAAGGUUCUCGUUGCUACUUCAUUAACAGGUUUAUUGGAAAAACUGCAGAACUGCAAUGAUCUUUUGGACAAAAUUAUGAAAGGGCUUAAUGCAUACCUUGAAAAGAAACGUCUUUUCUUCCCUCGUUUUUUCUUCUUAUCUAAUGAUGAAAUGCUAGAGAUUUUGUCAGAGACCAAAGAUCCACUUAGAGUUCAGCCUCAUUUAAAAAAGUGCUUUGAGGGCAUCGCCAAAUUGGAGUUCCUUCCCAAUUUGGACAUUAAGGCCAUGUAUAGCUCUGAAGGUGAGCGAGUAGAGCUGAUUGCACUGAUUUCCACGUCUGCGGCACGGGGUGCUGUGGAGAAGUGGCUCAUUCAAGUGGAAGACCUCAUGCUCCGAAGUAUUCAUGAAGUGAUCGCUGCAGCCAGGCUGGCUUAUCCAGAAUCUGCAAGAAAAGACUGGGUUCGAGAGUGGCCUGGCCAAGUUGUACUUUGUGUUUCUCAAAUGUUCUGGACUUCUGAGACACAAGAAGUUAUAAGUGGUGGGCCAGAGGGAUUAAAAAAGUACUAUAAGGAACUUCAGAAUCAACUAAAUGAUAUUGUAGAACUAGUAAGAGGAAAACUGUCUAAGCAGACCAGGACCACCCUGGGGGCUUUGGUUACUAUUGACGUCCAUGCUAGAGAUGUGGUCAUGGACAUGAUUGAGAAAGGUGUCUCAUGUGACACAGAUUUCCAGUGGCUUGCUCAACUUCGAUAUUAUUGGGAAUAUGAGAAUGCUCGAGUUCGUAUCAUUAAUUGCAAUGUAAAAUAUGCCUAUGAAUAUCUUGGUAACUCACCUCGACUUGUUAUUACUCCUCUAACAGACAGGUGUUACAGAACAUUGAUAGGUGCCUUCUAUUUAAACCUUGGAGGUGCUCCAGAGGGGCCAGCAGGCACAGGAAAAACUGAGACCACCAAGGACUUGGCUAAAGCUCUUGCAGUGCAGUGUGUGGUGUUCAACUGUUCAGAUGGACUAGAUUACCUGGCAAUGGGAAAGUUUUUUAAAGGACUGGCUUCUUCUGGUGCUUGGGCGUGCUUUGAUGAAUUUAAUAGAAUUGAGUUGGAAGUGUUGUCAGUGGUUGCUCAACAGAUCCUUUGCAUUCAGAGAGCCAUUCAGCAGAAGUUGGAAGUAUUUGUAUUUGAAGGAACAGAACUUAAACUGAAUCCAAACUGUUUUGUAGCUAUUACCAUGAAUCCUGGCUAUGCAGGGCGUUCCGAGUUGCCAGACAACCUUAAGGUUCUUUUUAGAACAGUGGCUAUGAUGGUUCCAAACUAUGCCCUUAUAGCAGAAAUCUCCCUAUACUCCUAUGGAUUUUUGAAUGCAAAGCCUCUGUCUGUGAAGAUAGUAAUGACCUAUAGGCUUUGCUCUGAGCAGCUCUCAUCACAAUUUCAUUAUGACUAUGGAAUGCGAGCAGUAAAAGCAGUAUUGGUGGCUGCUGGAAACCUAAAAUUGAAAUAUCCAAAUGAAAAUGAAGACAUACUUCUUCUUCGAUCGAUUAAAGAUGUAAAUGAACCAAAGUUUCUAUCACACGAUAUACCCUUAUUUAAUGGAAUAACUAGUGACUUAUUUCCUGGUAUUAAACUUCCUGAAGCUGAUUAUAAUGACUUUUUGGAAUGUGCUCAUGAAGUGUGCAAAGCACAUAAUCUUCAGCCUGUUAAAUUUUUUCUUAAUAAAAUUAUUCAGACAUAUGAAAUGAUGAUUGUUAGACAUGGUUUUAUGUUAGUAGGAGAGCCUUUUGCUGCUAAGACUAAAGUUCUGCAUGUGCUGGCUGACACACUAAGUCUUAUGAAUGAACGUGGUUAUGGAGAGGAAGAAAAGGUUAUUUUUAGGACUGUCAACCCCAAAUCCAUUACAAUGGGCCAACUUUUUGGGCAGUUUGAUCCAGUGUCACAUGAGUGGACUGAUGGUAUUGUGGCUAACACCUUUAGAGAAUUUGCCUUAUCAGAAACACCUGACAGGAAAUGGGUGGUAUUUGAUGGUCCCAUUGACACUUUGUGGAUAGAGAGUAUGAACACAGUUUUGGAUGAUAAUAAAAAGCUUUGCCUUAUGAGUGGAGAAAUCAUUCAGAUGUCCCCUCAAAUGAGCCUCAUCUUUGAAACAAUGGACCUAUCCCAGGCCUCACCUGCCACUGUAAGUCGCUGUGGCAUGAUUUAUUUGGAACCCUCACAAUUAGGAUGGGAACCACUUAUUUCCUCAUGGUUGAGUUCAUUGAAAGGACCGCUACGUGAACCAGAGCAUCAAGCUCUUCUGCAAGAACUUUUUGACUGGCUAAUACCUCCCACUCUAAGACUUCGUAAAAAACAGUGCAAGGAACUGAUUCCUACAAGUGAUAGUAAUGCGAUUGUUUCUCUCACACGCCUGUUUGAAGUCCUACUUUGUCCUGUGGUAGAGAAUGACCCCACCAGCAAGCACAUUCGUGUUUGGAUUAUGGCUUGCUUUAUAUUCUCUUUGAUUUGGUCUGUCGGAGGAAGUUGUGAUACAGUCAGUCGUAUUAUUUUUGACACUUUCAUAAGACAAAUUCUACUGGGAAAGGAUGAAGAAAUUCCAGUGCCACAAUCUGUGGGUAAAUGGGAAUGCAACUUUGAUGAAAAAGGUCUGGUCUAUGACUACAUGUAUGAGUUUAAAAAUCGAGGCCGCUGGCUCCAUUGGAAUGAAUUGAUUAAAAGUACUACUUUAGGAGAUAAACAUGUCAAGAUCCAAGAUAUCAUAGUCCCUACGAUAGACACAAUUAGAUACACAUUUCUAAUGGAUUUGAGCAUUACCUAUGCCAAGCCACUGCUAUUUGUGGGACCAACUGGUACAGGAAAAUCUGUGUAUGUGAAGGAUAAGCUAAUGAAUCAUUUGGAAAAGGACCUGUACUUUCCAUUUUAUGUUAAUUUUUCUGCUCGGACCAGUGCCAAUCAGGUUCAGAACAUUAUUAUGGCUAGAUUGGAUAAAAGACGCAAAGGAGUUUUUGGACCACCUAUGGGAAAGAAGUGUAUAAUUUUUAUAGAUGACAUGAAUAUGCCUGCCCUGGAACAAUAUGGUGCUCAGCCUCCUAUUGAAUUAUUGCGUCAAUUUUUUGACUUUGGAAAUUGGUAUGACCUUAAGGACACAAGUAAAAUCACACUGGUUGAUGUUGAACUGAUUGCAGCCAUGGGACCUCCAGGUGGUGGAAGAAAUCCUGUCACUCCACGUUUUAUUAGGCAUUUCAACGUCUGCUCUAUUAAUACCUUUAGCGAUGAAACUAUGGUCCGUAUCUUCUCAUCAAUUGUAGCAUUCUACCUUAGGGUUCGUGAAUUUCUUCCUGAGUACUUUUUAAUUGGGAACCAGAUUGUCAGUGGGACAAUGGAGAUAUACAAGCAAUCCAUGGAAAAUCUCUUGCCUACUCCCACCAAAUCUCAUUACACUUUCAAUUUGCGUGAUUUCUCACGUGUCAUCCGCGGCUGCCUACUUAUUGAGAGGGAUGCGGUGGAGAGCAAGCACACUAUGAUCCGCUUGUUUGUACAUGAAGUUCUCCGAGUGUUUUCUGAUCGACUCAUUAAUGAUCGUGAUCGAAACUGGCUAUUCAACUUAACCCGAAUUGUUAUAAAGGAUCAUUUUAAAGAAUCGUUUGAUGGUGUCUUUUCACAUUUGAGGAAAGGGAAUGCACCAAUAAUUGAAGAGGACUUAAGAAAUCUCAUGUUUGGUGACUAUAUGAAUCCUGAUCUUGAAGGAGAUGACAGAGCUUAUAUUGAAAUUCCUGACAUUCGCCAGUUUAGUGAUGUUGUGGACCAAUGCUUAGAUGAAUAUAAUCAAACCCACAAAACAAGAAUGAAUCUUGUCAUUUUUAGGUAUGUACUGGAACAUUUAUCACGAAUAUGCCGAAUUCUGAAGCAAUCUGGUGGAAAUGCUUUACUUGUUGGAUUUGGAGGAAGUGGUCGUCAAUCUUUAACUCGUUUGGCUACAUCGAUGGCAAAAAUGCAGAUUUUCCAACCAGAAAUUUCUAAGAGCUAUGGUAUGAAUGAGUGGAGAGAGGAUUUGAAGCUGAUUGCUUUUCCAUUAACCAAUAAAAUAGUGAGUAACAAAUCCAAAAUUUUGGAAAAGCGCCUACGAUAUUUAAAUGACCACUUCACAUACAACUUAUAUUGUAAUAUAUGCCGGUCACUAUUUGAGAAGGACAAGCUGUUAUUUUCCUUUUUAUUAUGUGCCAAUCUUCUUCUAGCAAGGAAAGAGAUUGACUACCAGGAACUCAUGUUUCUUUUAACUGGAGGAGUAAGUCUUAAGAGUGCUGCAAAAAAUCCUGAUCCAUCUUGGCUGCAAGAUAAAAGCUGGGAGGAAAUUUGUCGUGUAAGCGAAUAUCCUGCCUUCAAAGGACUCAGGGAGCACUUUAAUGAAAAUAUAUUUGAAUGGCGGGAAAUCUAUGACAGUAAAGAGCCACACAAUGCUAAAUUUCCACAACCAAUGGAUACAACACUAAAUGAACUACAGAAAAUAAUUAUUAUUCGGUGCUUAAGACCUGAUAAGAUUACCCCAGCUAUAACAAAUUAUGUAACUGACAAACUAGGGAAAAAGUUUGUAGAGCCUCCACCAUUUGAUUUGGCAAAGAGUUACUUGGAUUCAAAUUGCACUAUUCCCUUAGUCUUUGUGCUAUCCCCAGGAGCCGAUCCCAUGGCUAGCCUGCUGAAAUUUGCAAAUGACAAAGCUAUGUCUGGAAAUAAGUUUCAAGCUAUUUCAUUGGGACAGGGACAAGGACCAAUUGCUACAAAAAUGAUUAAAGCAGCUUUAGAAGAUGGAACUUGGGUUUGCCUGCAGAAUUGUCACCUUGCUGUCUCUUGGAUGCCCAUGUUGGAAAAAAUAUGUGAAGAUUUUGCUUCUGAAACCUGUAACUCUUCCUUUAGACUUUGGCUCACAAGUUAUCCUUCUCCUAAAUUUCCAGUAACAAUUCUGCAGAAUGGCGUAAAAAUGACAAAUGAACCUCCCACAGGUCUUCGACUGAAUCUCCUUCAAUCAUAUCUCACGGAUCCAAUUUCUGAUGAAGAGUUUUACAAAGGAUGCCCUGGAAAGGAAUUGGCAUGGGAGAAGUUGCUGUUUGGAGUUUGUUUUUUUCAUGCCCUUGUGCAAGAGAGAAAGAAAUUUGGUCCUCUUGGUUGGAAUAUUCCGUAUGGAUUUAAUGAAUCUGACUUACGCAUCAGUAUCCGACAACUACAGUUAUUUAUAAAUGAAUAUGACACAGUUCCAUUUGAAGCGAUCUCUUACUUGACUGGGGAAUGCAACUAUGGAGGACGAGUGACAGAUGAUUGGGACAGACGUCUCUUGUUAACCAUGCUGGCUGACUUUUAUAAUACAAGUGUAGUUGAAAAUCCUCAUUAUAAAUUUUCUCCUAGUGGAAACUAUUUUGCACCUCCUACAGGCACUUAUCAAGACUACAUUGAAUUCAUUAAGCAACUUCCAUUUGCUCAAGAGCCUGAGAUAUUUGGAUUGCAUGAUAAUGUUGAUAUCUCCAAAGAUCUUCAACAAACAAAAGUCCUCUUUGAGUCUUUACUUCUCACCCAGGGAGGUGCCAAGCAGACAGGAGCCACAGGAAGUGCUGACCAGAUUCUACUAGAAAUUACCAAAGAUAUUCUCAAGAAGCUCCCAAGUAAUUUUGACAUUGAAGCAGCACUAUCAAAGUAUCCCGUGAGAUAUGAAGAAAGCAUGAAUACAGUGUUGGUACAAGAAAUGGAACGAUUUAACAACUUAAUUAGAACGAUAUAUAACACUUUGCGGGACCUUGAAAAAGCUAUUAAAGGUGUGGUUGUAAUGGACUCUACAUUGGAGGCCCUCUCUGGCAGCUUACUUAUUGGAAGGGUUCCAGAAACAUGGGCCAAACGAUCAUACCCAAGUCUUAAGCCCUUAGGAAGUUACGUCACAGAUUUUCUAGCCCGGCUGAGCUUUCUACAGGACUGGUAUGAUUCAGGAAAACCAAAUGUGUUUUGGCUCUCGGGUUUCUUUUUCACCCAAGCCUUUUUAACUGGAGCUAUGCAGAAUUAUGCCAGAAAACAUACCAUCCCUAUUGAUUUACUAGGAUACGAAUUUGAGGUUAUUCCUUUUGAUACAUCUGACAAAGCACCACUUGAUGGUGUUUUUAUCCAUGGUUUAUAUCUUGAUGGAGCACGCUGGGACAGAACAAGUGGAUUGCUUGCUGAACAAUAUCCUAAACUUCUGUUUGACCUGAUGCCCAUCAUAUGGAUUAAACCAACUGAAAAGUUUAAGAUUCCGAAGUCAAAUGCCUAUGUCUGUCCCUUGUACAAGACAAGUGAACGUAAAGGAACUCUUUCCACCACUGGCCAUUCUACUAACUUUGUGAUUGCGAUGUUGUUAAAAACGCAUCUACCCACCCAGCACUGGGUCAAGCGUGGGGUUGCUUUGCUUUGUCAACUGGAUGAUUAA